AAAAAAGAAAGAUGAUUCAAAAGUGCUUUCGUUUUUACUGCCUUUCUUGUUCAGGAGCCGGAGCGGCCAUGGCUGGUCGGCAAUCACCCAAAGAGGAUCCUGUCAGGAUUGUAAAGAAAAUCACAAAGAACAUGCUUGAUGGCUUUUUUGAUGAUUUGGUGGAAAAGGAUGUGUUAAAUGGAGAAGAGUUAAGCAAAUUGGGGGAUUGCAUUAACACGAUUGUAAAAAGGACUGAAACUCUGGUUACAGAUGUUACCGAAAAAACCCAAAAGGCAGGCCAACUCUUUGUGGACCGCUUCUGGAAACCAAAUAAACAGCUGAGUUUAAAAUCUCGUUCCGAAAGUGAUGAUGCUGAAACUGAGAACACUGAGUCAUCGUCCUCGUCUACAGAAUCCCCAAAUGAAAGCGAUCAUGAAACUAAUGAGAAUGAGGAAUUGGCUCAGGCAUCACGUCCACCUGUCACAGCUUCUUUGGAACCUCUGGAAAUUGAUGAGUUGAAGCUCUGCCCUCAUCGUCGUUUCCAAACAGUGAAGAGAGAAGAGAUCUAUCCAGUGAUGGAAGAGGAAGGCCGGACACGGUUGGCUCUCAUCAUCUGCAACAAAGUAUUCGACCAUCUUUCUAUGAGACAUGGGGCUGAAAUAGACAUUUCAGGGAUGCAAGAGCUGCUGGGAAACCUUGGCUAUGCAGUGGUUGUCAAAGAGAAUCUCACAGCUAAGCAAAUGGAAGCAGAGCUGUGGCAAUUUGCUGCCCGGCCAGAGCACAAGUCCUCUGACAGCACAUUUCUGGUGUUUAUGUCACAUGGCAUUUUGGAUGGAAUCUGUGGGAAGAAACACCAUCCACAAGAGCCAGAUAUUCUGAAAGACGAUACUAUCUUUCAUAUUUUCAACAACAGCAACUGCCAGAACUUGAAAGACAAACCCAAGGUCAUCAUCAUGCAGGCCUGCCGCGGUGGAAGUUCUGGGUUUGUUUGGAUGACUGACAUGGGAGAAGCAUGUGCACGUCCCUUUCAAUGUUCCUCUCAGAAUGAUGCAAUUACAAAGGCCCACGUGGAGAAGGACUUCAUUUCUUUCAAAGCAUCAACCCCACAUAAUAUUUCUUGGAGACUUGACAGCCAUGGCUCUCUCUUCAUUUCCCGACUUAUCAAGUAUUUUGAGGAGCAUUCUUCGGGCUAUCAUUUGGAAGAAAUCUUCAGAAAGGUUCAACACUCAUUUGAAAUCCCAAGUGAAAUGACUCAGAUGCCCACCAUUGAGAGAGUAUCCCUGACAAGAUAUUUCUACCUCUUCCCUGGGAAUUGGAACACAUAAGAGGCAGCCCAGGAAAAUGAAAGCAGUGUGGUCGAUAUCAACGACUUCGUCCUAAGGUUUAUUUUUUUAUCAAGAGUAUAUUUUCUACAAACUUGGUGGCAUAGUGGUUAUAAGUUGGACUGCUAACAGCAAGAUAAGAUGUUUGCAAAAAAGGGGGGUGUUCUACUCCUGGAAAGGCUUACAGGCAGUUCUACCCCAUGCCACCAGACCCUGUGCUUUGGAAUUGGCUCCAAGACAGUGAGCUUGUUUUUUGGUCCCGAAGUCCCACCUUUGAACAAAUAAGGGUCUAAAAUCCUUGUCACAUCUUUGUUGCAUUAAGGUUCAAUAAAAAGAGUAUUAUUA